AAAAAUCACUUCACUAAGCGCUUGGACGGGAGAUUUUGUGCGUCUACCAAUUAAUAUGUACGUUAACUUCGUUAAACGAUUCAUUUUAGAUCAGAGUACAGUGUAGGCUACGGAAGCGUCUGCAUAGGUCUGGUUCUGGGUUUUCCUCAGUGAUGACAAUAGCCACAGAGCACCAUCCUCGCUACAACUUGGCAACUCUUCGCUGAAUGGAUUUGCUCCGAGACGGAGAGGUUUUCACCCAUGUCUCCUGACUUCAGCAUGAACAAGACCUAAAAUGAAGGAAUUGUGAGAGAGGUUGGAUAAAUUGGGAUAUUAUUCAGGUAAAGCGCUCUCCGCCACGAUGGAUUAAUUGCAGAGUUUUAAAUUGCGUCCUUUGUAUACUUCGAGUUCGAGUAAUAACCGAAAAUGUGGAUCUUGGCCAUCUCAAGCAAUACCAUGUCUUAACAAGAAGGGGAAAAACUAUUCUUCAUGAGAGAGGAUUAAACAUCUUUGUAUUUCUUUUCAAGGUAAAGCAUAGAAAAGACACAAACACUAUCUAAAUUUACAUAAUCUUUAUACAACUAUGGAGCACACAGGCAUUGAAGAAGUGAACCAGACCCACCAGCAACACGAACCCAUCAGUUUUGGAAUAGAUCAGAUUCUGAACAGUUCGGAUCAACCCAGCAGCUGCAUGCUUCCGAACCGAACCAGCGACCCGGAUUACCAGCUGGCGCCUAACGUUUACUCCAAUGGGUACAACAGUGUAUACAAUCCGGCCUGUUCCAUGGCAGCUGGGUUGGCGGGCUCAUACAACGUGAACAUGAACAUGAAUGUUAGCAUGAAUAUGAACGUUAACGUGAACUCGGGGAACGCUGGCGGUGUCAUCCGCGUCCCGGCCCACAGACCCAUGCCACCAGCGCCUCACCCACCUCCCCCGACGCAUCCACCCGGUAUUGCUGCUGGGAUACCGACGGUACCAAACAUGGGAAACCCGGCCAAUUUUACCUUCCCCUGGAUGGAAAGCAGUAGGAGGUUUGCGAAAGACAGACUCACGGAGCAGGCAAUGGACAAACAUGCAGGAGGCCCCACAGGGAUGCCUGGGGCUCUCCUGCCGUCCCUGCUCAGCUUCGGGGUUCUACCUGAGGGGGACAUGGGCAGGGCCUCCCCCUGGAGCUCUGCGGAGAUGCUAGCCAAACACUAUUGCAGUAGUCCGCGCAUGGACUACUUAGGAAAGGGUGCAGGCCCAGCAGCCCUCUCUCCUUUCUCUGUGACUCGGAGGAUCGGACACCCAUACCAGAACCGCACGCCACCCAAGAGGAAAAAGCCCCGCACAUCGUUCAGCCGCGUCCAGAUCUGCGAGCUGGAGAAGCGCUUCCACCGGCAGAAGUACCUGGCGUCCGCGGAACGUGCCACGCUGGCCAAGGCCCUCAAGAUGACAGACGCUCAGGUCAAGACCUGGUUUCAAAACAGAAGAACUAAAUGGAGGAGACAGACGGCGGAGGAGCGCGAGGCGGAGAGGCAGCAGGCCAAUCGUCUGAUGAUGCAGCUUCAGCAGGAGGCCUUUCAGAAGACCCUGAGUCAGCCGCUCCAGCCGGACCCCCUGUGUCUGCACAACUCCUCAUUGUACGCGCUACAGAACUUACAGCCAUGGGCUGAGGACAACAAGCUGACCGUCUAACAGAGGGUGGAUCUACAGUUUGUCUUCACCACCUGUCAAAAUGGAUGGAUGGAUUCUUCCCCAUCCAGAGCGUCCUGCUGACUGACUGUCUACGUGCCAUGAGGCAUCAACAAGACACUGACUCAGCCAAUGACUCGUUUGUUCUUGUGUAUUUUGCUUUGACUUUGUAUAGAGAGAGAGAGAGAGAGAGAGAGAGAGAGAGAGAGAGAGAAAGAGAAAGAGAGAGAGAGAAAGAGAAAAAAAACAGAACUGAACAUGAUGCAUGCUCCUGACGUUUCCACUUGUGAACAGGAAUCAAAGUUGAUGAAGGUUAAGAGACCUUCUGGACUGCAGUCUACAAAACAGUUGGUUUCUUUCCCCUGACUCUCGAAUCUACAUAAUAUACAUUUAAAGGUGUUUUAUAAUAAUUAAACAUACUUGUGAUUUUUUGAAAAGCCA